AUGACCUCGGCCGCAGCAUCCUCCUGGGUGGGCACUCUGCUCAACCAAGCAUCCAACGGCAGCAUCUUCCCUCGACCUGAGCAGCGGCCGGGCUUUGUUCUGCCGCCUUCGCUAUCUGGCUCUGUUUCUUCUUCUUCGACCUUGUCCGCGUCCCCGUCGGCAGCCGGAGAAGUGAAGACCACGUUCAACUCGGAGACCGUCACGCUCUGCGAGCAGUGUCCCAAAAAGGUCGUCGGUAAGGACGCACCUCUACACAUUGAUGUUGGCGGGAUCGACGUCGAGCAGGCGCUGUCUGAGUCCCAGGGCAUAGACACUAUGGCGAAGAUCGAGGCUCGUGCUCACGAACGCGAUCCUCCCGCCAAUAGCGAAAAAACCGUCUUGUCCGCGGCGGCCAGUGAGGAUGACAAUAUCAUCGUCGGAUGGUACGGCGACGACGAUCUCGAGAACCCGCGCAAUUGGUCCUCGCGCAAAAAGGCCUUUGUCACCUUCCUCAUCGGCCUGCUGACCUUCGGUGUCUACUCGGGUUCCGCCAUCUACACGCCGUCAAUCCCGGGCGUUAUGGAGCACUUCCAUGUCGGCCUCACCAAGGCCACGCUGGGCCUGUCGCUCUUCGUGCUCGGCUACGCUUUCGGGCCCAUGUUCCUGUCGCCCCUCAGCGAGGUGCCUGCAAUCGGGAGGAACUGGACGUACAUCCCAAGCAUGAUUAUCUUCGUCAUCUUCAACAUGAUCGCUGCGCUUUCGCCCAACUACAGCACGCUAAUGGCGAUGCGCUUCUGGACUGGAUUCCUGGGCUCGCCUGCGUUGGCUACGGGCGGUGCGAGCAUCUCGGACAUGUACGAAGGUGUGGGCGUUGCAUUUCCUAUUGCAAUCUGGGCGGUGGGCGCCGUGUGUGGGCCCGUGCUGGGCCCGGUGAUUGGUGGGUUCUCGGCAAUGAACCUGGGUUGGAGGUGGCCGUUGUGGCUACUGACCAUCCUGUCCGGCGUUACGACCCUCGUCCUCGCUUUCCUGCUCCCCGAAACGUUCGAAGGGUACAUCCUGCUCCAGCGAGCCAAGCGCCUUCGAAAGCUGACUGGAAACCCACGCUACGUCGCGCAGAGCGAACUCGAUCAGAAAGCCACCUCGGUCGCCGACCUGACUAAGGAAGCCCUCCUGCGCCCCAUCAUCAUCUCGAUCGAACCGGUCGUCUUCUUCACCUCGAUCUACCUCGGCAUCGCCUACGCCUGCUUCUAUCUCUUUUUCGAGAGCUUCCCAAUCGUGUUCACCGAGAUUCACCACUUCAACCUGGGCGAGUCGGGGCUGCCGUUCCUGGGUCUGGCCGUGUCGUGCGUGCUGACGCUGAUCGGCUACCUGUGGUAUCUCAGCCGCUACUUCAACCCGCGCUUCCUGGCCAAGGCGUCCAAGGGCAUCAUUGUGCCCGAGGACCGCCUGUCGAUUGCGCUGUUUGCGUCGUUGUUCGUGCCCGCCUCGCUGUUCGGGUUCGGCUGGACGAGUCGCGCCGAAAUCCACUGGAUCGUGCCGAUCAUCUUCUCGGCGUUCCUACUGCCCGGUGUGUUCCUGCUGUUCCAGAGCUUGCUGGUGUAUCUGCCCAUGUCGUACCCCAAGUAUGCCGCGUCGGUGCUUGCAGCAAAUGCGCUGAUCAGGUCCACGAUUGCCGCUGCGUUCCCGCUGUUUGGCCAUGCGCUCUUCUCCAACCUGGGUGUCGGCCAGGGGUGCAGCGUCCUGGGCGCCAUCUUUGCGUUCUUGAUCCUGCCGCUGUGGGGCCUGCAGAGGUACGGACACGUGCUCAGGCGCCACUCAAAGUAUGCGCACGUCUACUAG